UUGGCAGCACUGAUACAUUAUGUAUUUAUGGUUGUGUGUUGUGUAUAUAAAUUAAAAAUGAAAUGUUUUAUUUGAAAAGUUAAAAAUGAAUGUUGCAUUUUGCAAGAAAUCUUGGAAGAUGUUCCGAUUACUUUUGUCUUCAAGUCGUUUUUCACGAAGAAAUAUCCCUAUUUCCAAUGUAUCUCAAAGAGGAUAUAUCGUGCUUAUCCCAGAAAUUGGAGAGGAGGCACCUGAUAGUAAUAUUUUCAUCUCGAGUGACGGCUUACCAGAGUUCAAAAAUAUUUUGAUCGAAAAUUGUAUGGCAGCAAUUGCAAAGCAGACCUUAGAGUUUGAGGAAGGAGUCAAAAAGUUAGAUGAAUCUCUGAAUGCUAAUCUAUCUCAAGACAUAUUCAAAGAGAUGUUCCAGCCCUUGGAACGUCUUACUGCUCCUUUAGAUUUCACUUGGGGUCUGUCUAAAACUUUAUACUUUGGCAACAAUACUUUGAUGCCCACUUCCAGCUACCUGGCAAUUCAUGAAAGGGCAAGAAAAGCGAGGGCUUCUAAGUAUACUCAGAGUGGUAUUUACAAUGCUGUGAAGUUUGCUAAAGAAAAUGGCAAAAAGUACAGUAGCGAAGAAGUUAGACUUUUACAAAAAUUUGCCAUUGAAGGUAAACUGAACGGUUUAGAACUUGAUGCUCGAGGGAAAACUAUCCUGACUGAGUAUACCAAUACUUUCAACAAACUUAAAGAAGAGUUUAGGCGUAAAACGGAAAUAUCCACCAAGAUGUUUUCCCAUAUGGUGACGGACGGAACGAUAACUCGGGACUUUCCUGUGGAUUUACUGAAAGUGACGUCUACUGAUCCCUGUUAUCCUAUGAAAGGACCUUGGAAACUGACACUACAGCCUCACGUCUACAUGCCGGCCAUGGAAUAUUGCUCUGAUCGUCAGGUGCGAUGGAAUAUGUGGCAAGCUUUGGUCGGAAGAGGAUCCAACUAUGGAGAGAGAGAAUUAAGGACUGGUUUGAAUUUGGACGAGAUAAGGUACAUAAAGCGUGAUAUUGCCAACAUAUUAGGGUAUGAAACUUAUGCUGAUAUGUCGAUGGAAACAAAGAUGGCUGGUAAGGUGUCGGAGGUGAAAAAUGUAAUCUCGGGGUUGUUGGAAAGAGCAAGGCCUGCUCAGGAAGAGGAGUUGAAGAAUUUACAUGAAUUCGCUGCACAAAGAGGGUUUCAACAUGAGAAGUUAGAACUGUGGGAUGUGCCUUACUGGAAGAGAAAGCAACAAAAGAGUGAGUUCGGUUACAGCGAUGAUGAAUUGAAGAAGUAUUUUCAGCUCAACGUUGUAUUGGAAGGUUUGUUCAAGUUGUGCGAAAAGCUGUUCGAUAUAACCAUAAAGCAGAGGCCAGGCAUUUCGAAGUGGCAUAAGGAUGUGAAGUUCUAUGAUAUUUUCGAGGCCCACACAAGCGCUCCAGUAGCUGGAUUCUACUUUGAUCCUUACGAUAGGAGUGAGCAGAGAAUGAAGAUAGAAAACAAUGGUUUUAUGAUUGGCGUUCAAAAUAGAAGCAUUUUAACUGAAAGAAACCCACUAGCUGCUCUCAUAUUCAAUUUCGACUGUCCUGUGGACAACAAGACACCAUGUUUAUCGUUUAAGGAAGUCAAGGCUUUGUUCAGCAAGUUCGGACAUGCUUUGCAGCAUUUAUUAACACGUACGAAUUAUUUAGAAGUUUCCGGAUUAUCAAACAUCGAAUGGGAUGCUGUAGAGGUAAGUGGACACGUAUUGUCCCACUGGCUGUUCGACAAAGACGUGAUGGAUAGCAUAACCUCUCAUCAUGAAACUGGGGAAAAGUUGCCAGAGAAGAUGUAUCAGUCGGUAUUGAACGUGAACAAACACAUGGCUGGUACUGAUUUAUCACGUGAACUGUACUUGUCAUCGUUAGACUUGGAACUACACUCUACAAAAGACUUUUGGUUAGACAUAGUGAAAAAAUUGUGGCCCCAAUACAGGUGUUUCCCAUUACACAAAAUAGACUCACAUCCCCUAUCGUUUUCUCAGAUAGUUUGUGAUGAAUGGGGCGCAGCGUAUUAUUCUCAUUUUUGGUCAAGGAUGAUAGCCGCCGAUGUAUAUAGUGCCUUCCAUGAAGUUAAAGGUGAUGAGAAAAAAAUUGUGGAAGUAGGUAAAAGGUAUCGAAACUCUUUCUUAGCGUUAGGAGGAAGUGUUCAUUCAGGACAAAUAUUCAGAGAGUUUCGCGGUCGAGAUCCUUCGCCGAAGGCUCUGCUCAGUUCCUUAGGUUUGAAAAAAAUCGCACCCAGCCAAAAGUAAAUAAAAUAAUGCAAGUUGAGUGUUUAAUAUUAAGAUGUUAAUUAAUAAAUAGUUUAAGUUGUA